GUAAAAAUAUAUGGCAGCAUAUGUAUAUGUAUAACAUUGGUAGAGUAGAACACUGACUGACCAAGAAGAAGACCCUGGUUGGGUUUUGUGAUCAAUAUCAGAGAAAAAUGUGGAUUUUUGGAUGGAAAGGGCCAUCUGGGUUCUCAGCUUCCUCUACUGCUGAGGAGGUCACACAAGGAAUUGAUGGAACUGGCCUCACAGCCAUUGUUACAGGAGCAUCAAGUGGUAUUGGCACUGAGACUGCACGUGUCUUUGCCUUGCAUGGUGUACAUGUUGUCAUGGCUGUAAGAAAUAUGGAUACUGGCAGAAAAGUUAAAGAAGCUAUACAUAAGGAAACCACAAAUGCUAAAAUUGAUGUUAUGGAGUUAGACCUCAGCUCAAUGGCAUCUGUCAGGAAAUUUGCAUCGGAAUACAAGUCCUCGGGUCAUCCUUUGAACCUUCUCAUUAACAAUGCAGGGGUUAUGGCUCCUCCUUUCAUGCUCUCCCAAGACAACAUAGAACUGCAGUUUGCAACCAACCAUUUAGGCCAUUUCCUUUUGACAAAUCUUUUGUUGGAGACCAUGAAAAACACAGCACGUGAAAGCCAGAAAGAAGGAAGGAUUGUUAAUGUUUCGUCAGUGGGUCAUAGAUUUGCAUAUCGUGAAGGAAUUCGUUUUGAUAAAAUAAAUGAUGAACCAAGCUACAAUACCCUAUACGCAUAUGGACAAUCAAAGCUUGCUAACAUAUUGCAUGCUAAUGAGCUGGCAAGGAACUUGAAGGCAGAAGGCGUGGCGAUAACUGCCAAUUCACUUCAUCCUGGAUCUAUUGCCACCAAUCUUCUUCGUCACCAUAGCUUUAUUGAUGGCAUUGCAAAUAUGAUCAGUAAAUAUGUGCUUAAAAAUGUUCCGCAGGGAGCAGCAACUACAUGCUAUGUGGCAUUGCACCCGCAAGUUAAGGGGGUGAGCGGUGAGUAUUUCUCAGACAAUAAUGUAGCCAAACCGAGCGCUUUAGGUAAAGAUGCAGAACUGGCAAAGAAACUGUGGGAUUUCAGUCUGGGCUUGACCGAUCCCAAGUAGUUGAGAUAAUUGACCGUUGAUCUGCGGAGUGCUCUGGGUAAAUCUGGAAAGUUAUGGAACUCAUUUGUGUGAUGAAGUAAUUUGGAAAACUGAAAUUCUGGAACAAUUUGACACGUUGAGUUCGAAAACAGAAAACAGUUGAAACAGAAAUUAGAAUGUACAAAAUAUUUUAUUGUGUCAUUCCUUUAUUAUAUGGAGGUGAAUUCAAUAAAUUCUUGUUGUUUAUCAAA